UUUUAGAUGGUCCGUCUGUGUCUUUAUCCCUGCCAAAGGCCCCCACUUACCCAGUCUGUCUGUCUCGUCUUCUAUCUGCUGCCUGCUCUUAUUUGUUGCCUUAGUGCUUGUGAAAAUAUUAGUUCAAAGCUCUUGGGCACUUAAAAAAAUGUUUGUCUAGGUUAAUUUGUUUCUAAAUUGUUGCAUUCUGGAUACUUCAUCGGCUAAGUGCUCUGGGAAACCAUAAUUUUUUUCGAUUACAUUUACCCAAUCAAAAUCAGCUUUCUUUCUCAUUCGAAUAAUAAUGUAAUAAAAUUAUUGUCAGUGCACUUGUUGCGAGUGUGGUUGCGUAUUCCGUUUGUUCACCACGCUCCUGGCAAAGUGCAACUUGGAGCAGCGUGCAACGUGCCACACACUGUCAGUGUCUUUAAUCCAGAUGCGAGUGAGGCUAAAUGUAGGCCCAGAAGGCAGUCGACAGGUGCUCUGCGCCGGGCCUGAGCCUGGUUUUCGGGGUUUGCGGUUCAGGGCCAUAUCCACACACAAUUACUGUGUUUACUCCUAGUUUUGCUGCUCUGCCCCGUCUCCCGGAGGGUUAAUUAAAGCCUGCCGGAAAGCGGAGAGUCUGUGGGGCCUGGAGUUCGAGCUUCGGAGCGAGUGCGUGUGUGCCACUCGGGUUUGGGAUUAGUCGGUGGAGCAGAAUAUCCGAAGCCAUUUGAUUGGGGCUUUAUGCGCAUUCCUUUUUUUAUUUGAGUGGUGACCCCGACAAGCUGCCUUCACAGCAAUUCCAUUACCAUUAAAUGUUAAUAAACGGCAGAGCGCUCCGAAGAUUCCACCGACUUGUUCCCCGAAUUGUAAAAUGGAACCAGCCGAAGAUCAGCGCCGGCGAUGGGUCCCAGCUGAUAAAUUCAUUAAAUGCUCGAGAGGCAAAGGAAGAAGCGGAGAGUGGGGUAGGCAAUGGCAACUGAAAUUCAAUACCAUUUUGGGGGAUGACGACGGCGAUGUGUGCCCGAUGCCCGAUUGUGAUUGUGAUAGUUAUUGCCGUUGGUGUUCCUAUUAUUGAUGUUGCCUGGUGUCAUUGUAGCCGUUGCCGCUUUGUUGCUGCUGCUGUCAUGCGGGGUUUCCCCUCCGUCCGCUGCAGACGUACAACCGUACAAAUGAUUUUGAUUUCAAUUUUUCCCUUUUGUUUGCCACCAACUAUAAUUCCACACCCCUCCACGCGGGAGAUACAAUCGAGAAGUAUUUACGAGGGCGGGGAAAACUUUUUCGUUACAAUUUUCCAUUAAUGCCGCAGAGUGUAGAGGCCCAGUUGCGGCUGCGGGCGGAGGAGCUGGUGCUCUCCCACUGGGCCGCUCUGAACGAAAGUUAAUAAAUUCAAAACACUUGUAACCCCACUUUCCUAUAUUGUGUUUCCAGAAGGAGUGGGGGCCCCAAGCCGGAGUGCACAGGACGAAAAAGGAGUAGAAAAAGCGACACCCAGGCACUAGACUUCCCGGCUACACUGGAGAAGGCACCGGAAUUUACAUAUGAAUGCCCAGGGCGCACCGAUGUGAGCUGGGGGAUCGGAUACAGCUCGAAGGAGCACUCACACAUGUCAUGUGGCCAUAGACACCAUAGACACCAGAGCCACUCGCCCACAGAUGACUCACUUGCAUCCGAGCUUUUGUCGUCGUCGGGCGUUUUCAAUUGCUAGUGAAGUAUUAAUGGCAGCAUUUGAAUAACAAUGCCGCUGCAGAGCCAGUCGGGCAGGUUCUGUGAUUCAAAUUCAAACGAAGUCCACGUACCUUCUAGUAGGAGAACCAGCACAAGUGCUGCAAUUAGCUUAGAUUCAGGGGCUAAUUUGAUCUGCAUACCCAGACCGACAUCUUUAUUCUCCCCAAAAUUUCUAAUCAAAUUAGGUAAGCCGACCUAUAAUUCUUAAAUCUUUUUGAAAACUCCUCUAAAAGAUUGCAACAGAGAAGCCAAAGCCUUGGUUCACAUACUGUUAUUAAGUAAACUGGAUUUCUCUAUCUUUUAUUUAUUAAGUGACAAGAGUUCAGUGAGAUUUAGACUGAUUUUAUUAUGGGGUUAUCUUUUUCUUUUUAUUUUCCAAGACUCUUGGGAAUCAACGGAUGGAUGCUGUUUUGAAGAUUAAAAAAUGCAUUUUCGAUCCAUGACUUCGCAAGGCGAAAUGAGAAUCGUUAUUAAUGCCGGCUCUUGGCUUCCCCUGGAUAUUGAAUGCUCUUCGGAGGCGAUUUCCAGGAACCUUCGACCGAUGCCAGCCCACGUAGCAUAAUGAGCACAGAAUUCAGGGGAAUUUAGCCAGCUGAGGAAGAAUUCAUUAAAGAUCAGCUGAAUCAGUUCGUGGCUGCCUCUGAAAUAUGCAAACGUCAUUCGAGUGCCGUUAAUUAUGGAAGCUGGACUCGACGGAUUACCGCACCUUGAAAGAAACCCAAGGUAAGAAGCACAAAUGCAUAUUUUUCUCAAAUUAAAUAUACUGCUUCACUAGGACAUAGGACUUGUUCAUUAUUUGACAUUUACACAGAAAAUAAACUUAAGAUUUUCUUUAUGUUGAUAUGCCAUCUGUCAAAAUAAAUUACCUAGUAUUUAUUCUUCUCUUGGUUCCAGCCAUUCUGGGUCAGUGCGUCGAUUGUAACGCUAAAUGGAAGUUCCACUGCGAAACCAACCUCACGGGGUACUUCUGCGCUCCAGGGGCUUAUGUUUACCAACGGGAGCUUCCCGACGAUGUACUCCGCACGAGUACCAGGACAUAUGAAACCACCUACUCCCAGUGCACGCCCUAUCCCUUCGUGAUAACUUACAUAAAGACGUUCUGCUGUCUGUAUUCUCCCUCGGUUGGCUGCCAGUUGGCCCUAAAUCGACGUGUCUUUGACAACGAAAAGCUACCUGUCAGAUUGUGUAAGGACUGUAAGGAGCACUAUCCUUGCUUGAACAAAGGCGCACUUCCUUUCAAGUCCUGGAGGAAGGUCCCUCUUCUGGGAAUUUUCGCAAUGCUAACCCAAUCGAUCUUCAACUGAGUUCGGUUGAGUAAGUUUGGACUGGAGGCGCUGCGCAACUUAUUGGAGCACUGGCAGAAGCUCCUUGUGGGUGACAAGAAGUAUUUAAAGUCCAAAAGGUAGGUGGAGUAAUUAACUGAGUAGUCUUUUGGUGCACAAGUAUAACAAGGUUACCGAAGUUUCAAGUGCAUUCAAGCUAAAAGUAGAAGACUCUUAUUUGUACAGUGCUAUUGGUAUGUAGACAUCUACAGAAAUUAAAUGCGCUAGAUAGCAAGCAAGAACUACAAAUGUCUAAGAAACAGCUAAGGAGUCGGCCAUGUGUCCUUUGGUCAAUCCACUUCAGCGAUUGAACCAUUCGUCCGUCCAGUAGAAAAAUGCCUAGUGACCAGAGUCGGGCGGCGGUACGUGACUGGGACCAUUAUUGUUUGCUUAUCUACACCUAAUUGCUUCU